AUGCAUAGAGUGGUCAGCGCCCUGCCACCCUCUCCUCUCCUCCCUUCCCCUAUCUCUCCUCUUUGUCAGCACCUCUCUCCUCUUAUCGAACCGCCUCUUUCGUCUCCGUCCGCUGCCCCGUCGUUUGCUCCUUACCGUUUUCCUCCUUCGUUCCUCUUUACCCCUGCCCCCCCUUCCUCCCUCUCCGACUCCCACGGCGCACGAGCUGCGCAAGAGCGCGCCAAGCAGGUCGGGCGGGGGGCGGCUUCUGCGCUUGGGGGAAGAGCAGCUGCGCGGAGUGCGUGCGGGGCAGGGGGAGGCGCAGGAGGCGAGGGCGUGCGGGCGGGGGUCAGCUGGCAGCCAUGCAGCAGCGCGCGCGGUGAAGCGGACCCGUCCCUGCUCCGCGUCGCGCUGCGCCACUUCACCUCCGCACGCCCCGCCGCAGCCUACCCAAGCGCCUUCGGCGGAGGCAGCGCCAGCACGGGCGGCUGGGGGCGGGCGGCAGCGGCGCGGAGGGCGGGAGCGGGGGAGCGGGAGCAGGUGGCGUGGCUGGCGGAGAUGGCGCGGCACAGCCCGGAGGAGGCGAUCCGCGCGUUUGAGGCGAGCGCGCAGCUGCAGGCCGCGCCGGGCGCGCUGGCGGAGUACGUGCGCGCGCUGGUGGCUGUUGACCGCCUCGACGGCAGCGCGCUGCUCGCCACGCUGCAGCGAGGUAGGUACCGCGCGCCUCUCCUCCACUCCCCGCGCCCCUCCUCCACUUGGCUGUCCGUCCCCCACUCCGCGUGUUGCCUCACCACACACCAUGGCCCGUGCCCCAUGCCUCAUGGUUCCUUCCUUCCUACUGCCUGCCCUUCACACCCUCAACCCAUUCUCCCGCCUCCCUCACUUCCCCCCUGUCCCCUUCCAACCCAAACCCGCUCCAUUCCCCGCCUGCAGGCGCUGCGCGCUCCGCCUCCCCCUUCCCCCCCUCCUCCGCGCCCCUGUCGUCCAUGCGCGCGCCCCUGCCCGGGGCGGUGGGCGCGGUGGCGGUGGAGGGCGCGCUGGGGACGGCGAGCGCGCCGCUGCACAUGGUGGCCAGCGAGGGCGCGCGCGGGCACGCGUAGCGCGCGCUCAGGUCGCUGGGCACGGCUGCCCUCGUGCUCGGCGCACUCUGGGCCAUCGCCCGCGAGCGCGAUGUGGGGCGCGGUGAGAGGAGGGGGGGGGGGGGGAGAAGGUGGCGGGGUGAUGGGAUGGGUGGAUGCGGUUUGCCUUGGCACGCUCUGGGCCAUCUAUGCGAGCGCGACGUGGGGCGUUGUCAGUGGGGGGUUGGGGAAGGGGGAACGAGGGGGUGGGGUACGGUUGGGGUUGAACGAGGAGGUGCAGCCGGCAGCGGAGAGUGACACGAGGUUCAGCGAUGUGAAGGGCGUGGAUGAGGCCAAGGCGGAGCUCGAAGAGAUCGUGCACUACCUCAGAGAUCCCAAGCGAUUCACGCGCCUGGGAGGCAAGCUACCCAAGGGAGUGUUACUGGUGGGCCCACCAGGCACAGGCAAAACAAUGCUAGCGCGGGCCAUAGCGGGCGAGGCGGGCGUGCCCUUCUUCUACGCCUCUGGAUCCGAGUUCGAGGAGAUGUUUGUCGGCGUCGGGGCGCGCCGCGUGCGCGAGCUCUUCGCCGCCGCCAAGAAAGCCGCGCCUUGCAUCGUGUUUCUCGACGAAAUCGACGCCAUCGGCGGGAGCCGCAACCCCAAGGACCAGCAGUACAUGAAAAUGACUCUGAAUCAGCUGCUGGUGGAGUUGGAUGGCUUUAAGCAGAACCAGGGGGUGAUUGUGGUGGCCGCUACCAACUUCCCGGAGAGUCUGGAUAAGGCGCUCGUGCGCCCGGGCCGGUUUGACCGCCAUGUGGUCGUGCCGAACCCGGAUGUGGAGGGGCGGCGGCAGAUUUUGGAGCAUCAUUUGCGCAAGAUCCCCCGAGCAGACGACGUGGAUGUGUCGGUGAUAGCGCGCGGCACACCAGGUUUCAGCGGGGCGGACCUGGCCAACCUGGUCAACGUGGCGGCACUACGGGCAGCCAUGGAGGGGCAGCGCGCGGUGGGACUAGCCCACCUGGAGCACGCCAAGGACCGCAUCCUCAUGGGCGCUGAGCGCAAGUCCGCCGUGAUUUCCCCGCAGACAAGGCGACUCACCGCGUACCACGAGGGCGGGCACGCUCUGGUGGCCGUGCACACAGCCGGCGCGCACCCCGUGCACAAGGCCACCAUCGUGCCGCGGGGCGUGGCGCUGGGGAUGGUGGCUCAGCUGCCGGAGACAGACGAGGUGAGCGUGUCGCGCACGCAGAUGCUGGCCCGGCUGGAUGUGUGCAUGGGGGGCCGCGUGGCUGAAGAGCUAGUGUUCGGCCCGGGGGAGGUGACUUCCGGUGCGUCAAGUGAUAUAGUCCAGGCGACGAGGCUUGCCAGGGAGAUGGUGACCAAGUAUGGGAUGAGCGAGGCGGUGGGCGUGGUGGCGCAUGAUUACGAGGACGACGGGCGGUCCAUGAGCACGGAGACACGGCUGACCAUUGAGAGGGAGGUGCGUGCGCUGCUGCAGCGCGCGCAUGACAACGCACGGGCCAUCCUGGUGAAGCACGAGGCGGAGUUGCAUGCACUGGCGGGUGCGUUGUUAGAGAGGGAGACGCUCACCGGCGCACAGGUGAAGGCUGUGUUGGAAGCUGCCAGGAACAAGGCCGGUGCUGCUGCUGCUGCUACGGCUGACGACGCCGGCAACCUAACCGGCAGCCGCGCCAGCCGGCACCGCAACCGGUCAGCGUCGUCGUUCCUCUCCUCCGCCUUCCCCAUCUCCUUCCCCCGCGCGCGCCGCUCCCCCAGCGGCUAUGCCUCCGCGGACUCGUCGUGGCGCGGGGACGGCUGGCCGCCGGCGGACGGCACGGCGCGCAGCGACCACGUGGGGACGAUCACGGGGAAGCGGUACAGCGCGGUGAAGUUGGAACAGCUGUACGAGCUGGGCGGAUUCAUCGGGCGCGGGCAGAGCGGCGUGAUCAGCGCGUGCUCGCACCGCCACACGGGCGAACGGCUGGCCGUUAAGAGCAUUCUCAAAAAGACCAUCCACUCCGAAGGCACCGCCAGGGACGUGCAGCGCGAGGUGCAGGUGUUGGGCAUGCUGCGAGGGCAUGCGAACGUGGUGCGAAUGGAGGGCGUGUUUGAGGACCAGGCGGCCGUGCACAUAGUCAUGGAGCUGUGCCAAGGGGGCUCGCUCACCCACCACAUCGCUCAGCAGGGCGAGUACAGCGAGCGAGCAGCAGCAGCGAUAAUGCGUGUGGUGCUGGAGGUGGUGCGGGCGUGCCACGCGCUGGGCAUAGUGCACCGGGACGUCAAGCUCGGCAACUUCCUGCUCUCCGACCAGUCAGACCACGCCACGCUCAAAGCCAUUGACUUCGGCUCCGCCGCCUUCUGCCAACCAGGAGAGGAGCUAGAGGCGAUGGCAGGCAGUCCCAUGUACAUGGCACCGGAGGUGCUGGGGGAGCGCUACUCGCAUGGCUGUGACGUGUGGAGCGCUGGCAUCAUGCUGCACACGCUGCUCGCCGGCACGCCGCCCUUCCAAGGAGACUCGGUGCUGGCGAUAUUUGAGGCCAUCCGCACGGCGCCAUUGGACCUGUCGGUGCAUCCGUGGCCGCUCAUCUCGCCAGGCGCCAAGGCACUGCUCUCCUGCAUGCUCCACCGCGACCCCUCCAAGCGCCCCAGUGCUCAGCAGCUGCUGGGGGACCCAUGGAUAUGUGGGCAGGAGGUGGUGGAGCGGCCAUUGGAGAGCAUCAUGCUGCCGCGCAUGAAGCGCCUCAGCGCCAUGUCCAAACUGCGCCACCUCGCCCUCCUCGUAACAACACGGCACAUGCCGGAGGAGCAGGAGAGGGAGCUGAGGGCGGUGUUCAGUGCGGUGGGCGCGGACCAGGGGGGCGCGCUCAGCCUGGCGGAUCUCACUGCCGCCCUGCGCAGCGUGGGGGCGGCCCUCAGUGAAGAUGACAUCCGCCGCAUCUUUGCCUUCGUGGACAUGGACGGCAGUGGCAGCAUCGAGUACGCCGAGUUCGUGGCAGCCACCACCGUGUUGCACCGCGACCGCCAUGCCGCCGCCAUCCAAGAGGCCUUCCAGGAGAUGGAUGCGGAUGGGUCGGGAGCGGUGAGCGUGGAGGAGUUUGCAGCGGUGUGCUGCCGGCUGGGCAUGGGCUCGUUGGAUGAGAUGCGCGACAUCAUUGCCACUGCCACCGCUGCUGAAUAUGGCAACGGGGCAGGAUCGAUCCAUGCAGAGGGCGCAGGGGGCGCAGAGGGCAGCGAGGAGGCGGGGUCAAAGCAGAUAGAGUACAAGGACUUUCUCGCACUCGUCACGGGGUCGGACCAGGAGGACCACCGCGUUGAGUGCCACUGCCUCGCCACUCGCCACCCCACCCAUCUCCCUCAUCCCAUGAUUCCCGUGUGCCUGUACUGCAAGCAGCACUGGGUGCACACAGCACAGCACAGCAGCAGGGGCACAGGCACUGCCUUGCGCCACACCUCCAUGUAG